UUUUAAUCCGCCGCCUUUUUAUAUAAAACUGUAUACAUUAAAAUUGUAAACAUUAUACAUUACUAACACGAACCGAACGAGCUAAAUAAAAAAAUAAACCCUUAAGGAAUUUAAAUGAUCCAACUAACUUGGGAAAAAAAAUCCCAGUAUAAUAAAAUAGAAGAAAAGACAACGGUCGUAACCAAAAACAAGCCUACUCCCUACGCAUGCGCACUAUGUAGUACACAACGUGAAAGGAACAAAGUGCACAAGAGUCGGAUUUCGAGGUGGAUUGGGAUACAGCCGGGCCAGCUGAUGCAUUGGAAAGCUCGACCCUCCUCCUCCCAGUCUUCACAUUUCGCACACUAGACUUGAUUAUUCAUUCCGCCCAGGUACAAGCGAGCAGUCGGGCAGUGCUGGUGCGUUUACGAGUGUGUGUGUGUGUGUGUGUGUGUGUGUAUGUUUGUGUAUGUGUGUGUGUGUGUGUGUGUGGGAUAGAGAGAGAGAGAGAGAGAGAGGUUGUCCGACCGGUUUACUGCAAGCGACAUUACAGAUCUGCGUUCAAGUCUGAUCACAGCAGAUCGUAUCUGGAUUAACCCAGGAGGUGAUCGGAUCUAUUUCAGACCUUAGAUAAUACUAAUACUACUAAUCUUAAUAAGGAGAAGGAAAAGGGAGAACAAGUCCUGUGAGAUGAUGCACUGAAAACAGGGGCUGCUCUCAGGCGCCCAGCGGUCAUCAUUCUCAUCCUCAACCUCAUCCUCAUCACCAUCCUCCUCCUCCUACCAUCGCCUGCAGUGGUGAGCACAGAUCCUGGUGCAUUGUGGUCACAAUCACGUAACCACCGGGAGAGCUGCGGAAUCCCCUCUUUUCCUUUUUUUUUUUUUUUCUUCCCCUCUAUCUCUGCCCCCCUUGAGAUAAAAAAAAAACAAGGACACCACGAUGGCGACUCUUCUGCGAAAGAUCGGUCUGAUCCGCUUGCACGAUCGGGAUACAGAAGAUCCCAAGCACCACGCGAAAGGGACUAAGCAAGGGAAUCAGAAAAACAGCACCAAGCACUGUCACGCGAACGAGACGAACAUCUUGAGCACCCCCGAAAUCAAGGCCAAGCGCUCGGACGUCAAAGACAAGGCUCCUGCCAAGGACAAGCCGAGCAAGGAGACCAAGGAGACCAAGGAGAGCAAAGAGAAGCAGCAGCAGACGGGAAGCGCGAAGUCGAGCGCGAGCUCCGUGCCGCCGCCGCCCCCUCCGCUCGCCCCCAACCGGCAGCACUGCGCGCAGGUGAGGACGCGGCGCCUCAUGAAGGAGCUGCAGGAGAUCCGGCGCCUUGGAGACGACUUCAUCACGGUGGAGCUCGCCGACGACAAUCUGUACGACUGGAACGUGAAGUUGCACCAGGUGGACAAGGACUCGGUGCUGUGGCAGGACAUGAAGGAGACCAACACCGAGUACAUCCUGCUGAACAUCUCGUUCCCCGACAACUUUCCGUUCUCGCCGCCGUUCGUGCGCGUGCUCACGCCGCGGCUGGAGAACGGCUACGUGCUGGACGGCGGGGCGAUCUGCAUGGAGCUGCUGACGCCGCGCGGGUGGUCCAGCGCCUACACCGUGGAGGCCGUGAUGAGGCAGUUCGCCGCCAGCCUCGUCAAAGGACAGGGCCGGAUCUGCAGGAAAGCGGGCAAGUCCAAGAAAGCCUUCAGUCGCAAGGAAGCCGAAGCCACGUUCAAGAGCCUCGUGAAGACCCACGAGAAGUACGGCUGGGUUUCUCCUCCCGUUUCCGACGGCUGAGAACUUACCGUCUCUACGUCAUCCCCUUACCCUUCUCCACACAGCUUUCUCCAGUUUCUCCUCUCCAAACAUCCUUUUUUUUUUUUAAAAAGAGGUAUCAUCUCACAUCGUAUGUCGAUGACACUUCAUUUGGUCGUCUGCCAUUCCUCACUAAGGUGCCAUGGACCACUCGCUCGCCGUGACAUCACAUUUAGGAACAAUGAAUGGAUUCUACUGAUGUGUCUGCUUGAAGGAAGUUUGAGUCUUGAGGAAGUCUUGGGGAAAGUAAUUGGGACAGGCCCAAAACCCUCACGCUGACUCUGUACCUCUUUAUCGCUCUAUACCUCUAUGUGUUUAUCGGUGUGCUCACAUCAAUCCUUUUUUUCCUCCAUUCUUCUUCUUCUUCGUUCACCAUUUUGAAGAUGAUGACGCAUUGCACUGAACGCCAUCAGACUCAUUUAAAUUGCAUUGUAACGAUAUUUAAUAGCAAGGCAGAUGGGUGCAGUACAUUUAAGAUCUGUUCUUCUGCGACUGCUAUUUCUUUUUUUUCUUUUCAUGGUUUCAAUGCAACAUGAAGAUUGUAAUUUAUGUGGAGCUGUGCUCUCUCUUUCUCUUUCUCUCUCUCUCUCUCUAUGCGCGUGGCUAAAUUUAGACAUCACUGUGUUGCAUAGCUGGUGAUCGAUUUCUCGUGGAGAUGAUAACAAAAAAAAAAAAAAAAAAAACACUCGUUGCUUAUGCAGAGGUACUGUAAAGAUUAAAGAGUGGUAGUGAGCCAUUCUUGCUAAUCAUUAUGAUCAUUAGUAUUAUCCAAUUUUUUUUUUCCACCCUCGGAGAAGACCAAAAGCUUUGACGAUGUUGAUACCAGAUGGCAGAACUGAAUGUCAGAGUCCCGAAGCACGAGUGUGCGUGCGGUGUGUACGCAGUAGGAGCAGAUCCACGUCCGUGAUGAGGUUUAAAAAUGUGCAUGAGCCUUUUAUUUAUUUAUUUAUUAUUUAUAUUUUCUUUUCGUUCUUUUGCAAGAAUCUGGUCAGGGUUUUUUUUUUCUUCUGAGCGAGACAAUAGAAAUAAUACAAUCGGAGACCGAAUGUACCGGUGUGUGGUUAUGCUGACAGUGAGACAUGCCCCAGUUCUCAGUGCACAGGCGGCAAAAUGUCUAACGACUCAGGCCUCAGCUUCAAUCACAUUAAAAUAAUCAGUCUGCGUCGUCUUUUUUUCUUCUUGUAACCGCAGACUGAUAAUAGAAGGCUAAUUAAAAUGGAGCGUAAGAGGAGGGGUUGUUUGUUCAGCAGUGUGUAUUGGUAUUUAUUGACCGCCUCGACAAAUACCAGCGUUAAUUCUGAACGCAAUCAGACACGACGUCUUUAGGAAGUACAGCAUUUAUAGGAACACUCUGGUUUUGCAUAUUAAUAUUUAGAUCAUUGGUUGAUCACGUCAGUCAAUUUUUGCUUCGUUUAACGGUUCCCUUUGUCACCCCCAUUGCCGUUUGUCACCUGCUCGUAGUGGUGCUAUUGGAAAUCAUGCCGCAUUCGAUUUACUUGAAGUUGAUAUGACUUGUUUCACUUUGGAUUUGCAUUUGAGAUACAAAGUGGAGAAAAAAAGCCUCUAACGCCUUUAGCAGCCAGACAACAUCUAAAAUACACUUUUAGACAGAGGGUUUUCUUUGGUUUUUCAAGGCAUGUCAGAUGUCAGAAACGACUGACCCAACAUUAAGCCUCACUUCAUCACAAUAGAGUGAAUAGUCAGUCCAGCUCUCUCGUCAUCUGCACACUGUAUUCGAACAUUAUCAGAUUAGAUUAGAUUAGAUUAGAUAAGAUUAGAUUCAACUUUAUUGUCAUUGUGCAGGGUACAUGUACAGAGCCAAUGAAAUGCAGUAUAUGCAGUAUUAUACAAAAGUCUCAAAUUAAAAAAAUCUAAAUACGCUGUUUUAGGUCUUAAAUGAUAUUAAACGAGUCUUCAUUAUCCGACGUUCACGCUACCGCUACCCGCAGUCAGUACCGUGCAGUCAGUACCGUGCAGUCAGUACCGUGGCAUUUUCUUUGUUUCACGAGUCCAAAUAUGACUCGAUGUAUUACGACUACAAAUGAGACCAACAUGCAACAGCCAAUCAGCUUUCUGUUAUAAGCACGAAUCUCUCUUAGAUUGUACCAAGGAUUGGAUUAAACGGAUUACAUUUUUCUAACUACGAUGAAGUGCAAGUUUAGCGAUACUCUGCGUGAACAAAAUGAACGUGUGUGCAUUUUUGACGUGAUUUCAGGCUUGAAUUUCAUUCUCACCGGUCUUAAAAAGAUCUUAAAAAAUUGGCUUUGUGAAACCUGCAGAAACCCUGUUAAAAGAUAAAACAGCAAAUCAUGAGUUGUUAAACAAAGGACAUUUUGUACAGCACCAACCAAGAAUCCAUUAAGACAUCACAGAUAUUUCCGUAUAAACCUGCUGAAGGUGUUUGAGUUCUCCUUUUUAACGAGUUCUUCAUACGAAGGAUUGAGUGUGGAAGGAGCCAGCGUGUCUUUUACAUCUCGUAUUUCUUGGUUUAUAUGACUGCACGCUUUGCAUCAGGCAAAAAGCCUGAUUAUAGCCUCCGGUGCAUCGGGGGAACAUUAAAUGUCAUGCGGGAAGCUGCUAAUUAACAUGACAUUUGACCAAAAAAAAAAAAGAGAAAGGAAAGUAAUUCUAGGCGGAUAAAUUCUAGACACUCCGAGCUUGACGAUGCCCUUUCAGGCAGCGUGAUGCAGGUUCAGAACGUGACUCAGAACGUCGACGCGUCGGAUCGUCGCCCAAGUGCACGGGCUCUCAAAAUGAUUCAGUUCAGGCCUGUCGUGUCGAGACAAGAUCUGAGCCCAGAUGUGUUUUCUUUUUUUUUUUUUAUUGUUUGUUCAUGUCAAGGCAAAGCUCGAGGAUUCAGAAUCAGAAAUGAAAGUGUUGGUUCUUGCUCACAAUUUUUUUGGUUUGUUUUUCUAGCAUAAUUUACAAAAUGCAACAAACUGGAUAUGUACAAGUGCAUUAAAGCAAUUCGAAGUCAUUGCCUUUAAUUUGUGGAUUUUGACUUAACGAUGUGUGUAUCGCAGCAGGGAUUCGAAGCAUCAUUACGCUACUCGUGCGUCCCGACUUACUCCAGCCUUUUUUUCUCUCAAAAUCCGGUACAAAAAAAACAUCUCGUCCACGCUCUUGGUCUUCUCCAGUCUCCGUUUGGACAGUCCUUCUUUUUUGAAAAAGUGCUCGUGUGUGUAUACCUUACGGAUUUAGCGAGAGGAGAUACUAUAAACAAUGACUAAUUAACGCGAUAUCUCGAACGUGGAUGUUUGCCGGCUUUAAGAGCAUUCUUUUGUGAUAUAGCCUAGACUGGUAGAUUGCAGACACUAACUGAGUUAAAUGUCCAAACAAGUGAGAUGACAAUUGUAUUAUAUCUGCAUGUGGUCUGUGAUUGUUUAGCUAGCGUUUUUUUUUUAGAGAAAAGGCAGAAAAAUAUGGAGAAAAUAUGAAAAAAAAAGAAUUAUUUUCCCUGUUAUUGUCCUUUUUUGUUUGUUUGUUUGUUUUCAUUAAUGUCUAAAACGUCAGAUUGUGUUAUAUGAAUGUUUUGUGUUUUAAUUUAUUUGUGGUUUGCCAAAAUGACGAUUCGGAAGCAUGUUGCAGGUAUUGUCACUGAUUCCAAAAAAAAAAAGAUAAGAAUUGAAGGAAGCGCCUGAUUCGGUGUAGUGAUCUCAGGCUCCAGCGUGGAAGAAUGAAACCGAGGGACGAAUUGUUCUUUUCAAGACUGCACAAGCGACAUCACAGGACACGAUGGGAACAAAACCAAACAGGAAUGUGCAAUAAAUGCUGUAGGCUUAUUCAAACCUGCA